ACCAUGACGAUAAAUGUGCAUCCUUACUCACAGGCAGGCUUCGCGACUGGUACAAGUGAAUUCUAUGACCAGGUUCGCCCCUCGUACCCAGCUGAGUGUCUUUCGUACAUUCGCGGACAGGUACCCGAGAGCACAGCGCCGUUGAACAUCGUCGAGAUCGGGGCAGGGACUGGCAUUUUCACCCGUGCGUUGUUGACUCACCCUGACUGGGCGACGAGCAUUGGCACCCUGAAAGCAAUCGAACCAAGCGAUGGCAUGCGUGAUUUUUGGACGAAGUCUGUCAAAGAUAAUCGCUGUACGAUCAUCAACGGAACAUUUGAUGACACCGGCGUAGAAGAUGGGUGGGCAGACCUCAUUAUCAUCGCACAGGCAUUUCAUUGGUGCCUCGACUAUGGGAAGGCAUUCACUGAGUUCGCUCGUAUCUUGAACAAGGACGGGGCGGCUGUAUUUGUAUGGAAUCUUGCAGAUAGGGAGGCUGCAGGUUGGGUUGCGCAGGUCCAGCAUUGUAUCGAGGCCCGCGGGAACGGCAGUCCCCGAUUUCGUCUCGAUGUUUUGAGGCAGGCGUUCUCUACCGCUGAGUAUACCUCGUUAUUUCGUUCUCAAGAAGAGAAACAAUGGGCACAUCAUGGUGUUGCUUCGGAGAAAACUAUCACGGAUCGCGCACAGAGUUGGAGUUACAUUACCAUGCUCCCUCCAGACGAGAAGGCUAAGGUAGUCGAUGACAUCAAAUGCAUCCUUGAGCGAGGAGAUGGUAGAGUCUGGAUCAACAAGGAGCAGGGCAUGUAUCAGGACCCGCAUAUGGCUCGCGCAUUCAUAUCUAGGAAGAAAUAGAACUGCCGGGUUGCCAAGUUUACGGAUUCAUGGAUCCGUUGCGAUUCCGAUGUACGUGUGUAACAUUAGUUGUCGCUCACACAAGUUUCGUUUGCAAGAUCAUCACCAGCGGCACCGCACACCCAUUUCAUCCUAUGGUCUGUGGGUCACUGCUGCUCUGGGUUGAAUGGUUUGACGCCUGUGGAAGAUAUUUAAAUGGGAUAAUGGAUACUUGGUGCAUCC